UCUAGUGCGCAAUAUAAGCACCGCGCGCGCGCCCCCGUUUCUCCCAACACCGCGCGCGACUCUUAGCAGCAGCAGAAGCAGCAACAAGAGCGUCAGCAGCACAGCAGUCUUUGUAUCAUCAACUUCAAUCUAAUCAACAAUGGGAAAGGAGAAGCUUCAUAUCAACAUUGUGGUCAUUGGCCAUGUCGACUCUGGCAAGUCCACCACUACUGGCCACCUUAUCUACAAGUGUGGUGGGAUUGACAAGAGGACAAUUGAAAAGUUUGAGAAAGAAGCUGCUGAGAUGGGCAAGGGGUCUUUUAAGUAUGCCUGGGUGUUGGAUAAGCUGAAGGCGGAGCGGGAACGUGGCAUCACUAUUGACAUAUCCCUGUGGAAAUUUGAGACCAGCAAGUACUAUGUCACCAUUAUUGAUGCACCUGGUCAUAGGGACUUCAUCAAAAACAUGAUUACCGGCACCUCCCAGGCAGACUGUGCUGUACUGAUCGUGGCAGCUGGUGUUGGCGAGUUUGAAGCCGGUAUCUCCAAGAAUGGCCAAACCAGAGAGCAUGCGCUCCUAGCCUACACGCUGGGUGUAAAACAGCUCAUUGUUGGCAUCAACAAGAUGGAUUCCACUGAGCCCAACUACAGCCAGAAACGUUAUGAGGAAAUCGUGAAGGAAGUCAGCACAUACAUUAAGAAGAUCGGCUACAACCCUGAAACCGUGGCAUUCGUUCCCAUUUCUGGUUGGAACGGUGAUAACAUGUUGGAGGCCAGUCCCAACAUGACCUGGUUCAAAGGUUGGAAGAUUACCAGGAAGGAGGGAAACGUAUCUGGCACCACUCUCCUAGAAGCUCUGGAUGCCAUUCAACCCCCAACCCGUCCCACUGACAAACCACUUCGUCUGCCCUUGCAAGAUGUAUACAAGAUUGGAGGUAUUGGAACGGUCCCUGUGGGUCGUGUUGAGACUGGCAUUCUGAAGCCAGGUAUGGUGGUGACCUUUGCACCUGUUAAUGUGACCACUGAAGUCAAGUCUGUGGAAAUGCAUCAUGAAGCUUUGUCUGAAGCUUUGCCUGGAGACAACGUGGGCUUCAAUGUCAAAAAUGUCUCUGUGAAGGACAUCCGUCGUGGAAACGUUGCUGGAGACAGCAAGAAUGACCCGCCUCAAGAGGCAGCAGUCUUCACUGCUCAAGUGAUUAUCCUGAACCACCCAGGACAGAUCAGUGCUGGUUAUGCACCAGUGCUGGAUUGCCACACUGCACACAUUGCCUGCAAGUUUGCUGAGCUGAAGGAGAAGAUUGACCGUCGUUCUGGGAAGAAACUAGAGGAUAAUCCCAAGAAUCUGAAGUCUGGAGAUGCAGCUAUUGUGGACAUGAUCCCUGGAAAGCCAAUGUGUGUAGAGAGCUUCUCCGAGUAUCCUCCUCUUGGACGUUUUGCUGUGCGCGACAUGCGUCAGACCGUGGCUGUUGGUGUGAUCAAGGGAGUUGAGAAGAAGGCUCCGUCCGGUGGCAAGGUCACCAAGUCUGCUCAGAAAGCCCAGAAGGCCAAAUGAAUAUUGUGCUUGACUGCCAACUCCAGAGUCACAUAUGGCAGAACAGAGGUCACCCCACUCCAUCCCGUUGGCUGCUUAAACUCCAUAGUCAGAGACUGGUUAAUUGUUCCAAUGCAUCGUAAAAGUAUCAGAAGGAAAAAAUAACGCUGUACCUGAGACAACUUGUUCGAGUUUUAAAAUCAUAGUACAACACUUGUUUGUAAUUUUAGCUUGUAACUAGUUGAAAUGUGAGCUUUUCAAUUGGGUUAUGACCAAGAAUACCAUGUGUGAUAUUAUAAAUCACAGAGAGGAAAGGUUCUCCUAACCUCUCCUGCUCUGGAGUGCAGUUUUAGUCUGGUUCUCACACUGUUGUCUUGCUUUUUAGUGUUUGUACGCAGAUUACUGUGUUUUCCAGUUCUGCUGCUGUUAAUAACUUAAGUCAUGUUGCUUAGUAGUAAGACAACGUUAGCUUUAAAGAAACUAAGCGGACAAUAGGAAUUGACUAUUUCAGUCAGUCCAUAAUCGGGCGCAUGCAAUUCUUUGGUGCACUGACCGAAACUUUAAGCACUUUGAUUGGCGUAAGCUGGUCCUGCACAGGCACUUAUUAAUUGAAUUGGCUUUAGCUUCAGCACCUUACUGUUUAAAGUUUUAAUUUUUCAUGUCAUAUUAAAGAUGGUCCAACCAUAA